AAUUUUUUAGAAUUUUUAAUUUUAAAUAGUAUUGACGCAGCGUGGGGUUGCCUCGGACCGACACCUUCACCUGCGGAAAACCGCUUCUAGCGGCCUAAAGCGACUCGGGGGGCGGGGGGGCCCUCCCUUAGCUUCGCAAAGUUUCCCUCCUAAACCCUGUGCCGCGAAGAGCUGAGCACGUCCUCGUCUCUAAACGGUUCUAGGCAGUUGUGAUAAUUUCUUCACGAACCUGUCUGCAAGAGGUCGCUUUAAAAAAAAAAAUUAUUUUUUUAAAAAGAUUUUUUAAUUUUUAUUUUUUUUUUGAGAUUUUAUUUAUCAUUCAUUGAAAGACACAGAGAGAGAAAGGGGAGAGAUACAGGCAGAGGGAGACGCAGGGAGCCCGACGCAGGACUCGAUCCCAGGUCUCCGGGGUCACGAUCUGGGCUGCAGGCAGGUGCUCAACCACUGAGCCACCUGGGCUGCCGCCUCCCCCCCCCACCCCCACCCCCACCCCCGGGCCAAGAGUCACUUUUUAUGGCUUUUAAAUAAUGCCACUGACCUGUGUAGAACAGAGCAGCAGUUUAACUGCACCAUGGAGCCUCAAUGAGAAAUUUUAGUCCAGGGUUGGGGGGGUUGCGAUGAAGACCCCUCAUUUGGAAUUCAGGGAUUGAUCAACUAUCACCACUGCCACCGAUGCCGUGUGGCCCUCGCUCCAGUGAUGCAGACUUAAAACAUGCAUCAGAUCGGCCACAGGGAAGGGGUGCGGUCUGACAUUUGAAAGCUUGAAACCCAAUCUGACAGCUGUUUCCAUAGAAACUAGAGAAGAAAUAGUCAUUUUCAGCAGAGUUGUGAAAACCGUCUUCCAGGCUUCAGCCGUGAGCGCCAGUGAGUGCUGUACUCGCUCAUUCUGAGACGGUACUUAAAGGAACUCAGGAUCUGAAAUGUUCUUAGGAUAAUCAAGGAGAAGAAAGAUGAGCUUCAUCUGUGGACUGCAAUCUGCUACUAGAAACUGUGUUUUCUUCCGAAUACAUUUGCUGACCAACUGGCGAAGAUGUAACACACUAACUGUGACCUCACCAGACUGUCAUCAAGUACAAAUUAGUCAGAUAGUUAAUAAGUGUCAGGGUCUGGAAGUGAAUCAGUGUGAUAGGUUGACUUUUCUGCCUGAAAAUUUUUAUUUCUGUAGGACUUUUAAUAACAAACGACCGAAAUGCCUCUUGAGCACGAGAUGUAAGGAAUUUGGGAUGGUUACCCCAAACUGUACUGCGUGGAAUGGCUCUUUUUCGAGACAGCUACUGAUAAAAGAAGUUGCAGAAGUUCCUGCCCUUUCACUAUUGCAUCCUUUAAACUGUCUUCCCAAAAGAGACACCAGGAGUUUCCACACUUCUCCUCGGUUUCAAGCUGCUCCAGUUCCUCUCUUGUUGAUAAUUCUUAAACCAGUGCAGAAACUAUUUGCAAUCAUUGUAGGCAGGGGCAUAAGGAAAUGGUGGCAGGCACUUCCUCCUAACAAGAAGGAGCUAUUUAAAGAAAGUUUAAGAAAGAAUAAAUGGAAGUUACUCCUUUGUUUCGGUAGUUUUGGAUUGCUCUUUGUAGUGUUUUAUUUUACUCACCUGGAAGUCAGUCCUGUCACAGGAAGGAGCAAGUUACUAUUAUUGGGGAAAGAACAUUUCAGACUUUUAUCAGAAUUGGAAUACGAAGCAUGGAUGGAAGAAUUUAAAAAUGAUAUGCUUACUGAGAAGGAUGCCCGAUACUUAAUGGUUAAAGAAGUAGUUAAUCAUUUGAUUGAAUGCAAUAAAGAUAUUCCAGGGGUCUCUGAGAUCAAUUGGAUUAUCCAUGUGGUUGAUUCUCCAGAUGUAAAUGCCUUUGUGCUUCCAAAUGGACAAGUGUUUAUCUUCAUUGGACUUUUAAAUAGUGUGACUGAUAUCCACCAACUUUCCUUCCUUCUGGGCCAUGAAAUAGCACAUGCAAUACUUGGGCAUGCUGCAGAAAAGGCUAGCUUCGUUCAUUUAUUGGAUUUCCUAGGUCUGAUUUUUCUCACAAUGAUUUGGGCCAUUUGUCCUCGAGAUAGUUUGGCACUUUUGGGCCAGUGGAUACAGUCUAAACUACAGGAGUAUAUGUUUGAUAGACCGUACAGUAGAACAUUGGAGGCUGAAGCUGACAAAAUUGGACUACAGCUAGCUGCAAAGGCUUGUGUUGAUGUCAGAGCCAGUUCUGUGUUUUGGCAGCAGAUGGAAUUUGCAGAUAGCCUUCAAGGCUAUCCCAAGUUGCCAGAAUGGUUAUCCACACAUCCUUCUCAUGGAAAUCGAGCUGAGCGCUUGGAUAGACUCAUACCUCAGGCUCUUAAAAUUAGAGAGAUCUGUAAUUGCCCACCACUUUCGGGACCAGACCCUCGAUUACUAUUCAAACUCAGCAUGAAGCAUUUUCUGGAAGAAUCGGAGAAAGAAAACCUAAAAAUCACUGCUGAGAAACAGAAAAUGGAUACUCUUACCAUUCAACAACAGAAGCAAAUACCUUUAACAUACAUAGUUGAGAAAAGAACUGGCAGUUGAAUUAAAAUUUAUGAGACAUGGGAUAUAUGAAGAAUGUAUCAGCCCUUACCAUUUUUAUGUUACUUUUUAAAAAAUGAUGUUUGAGAUAAAAAAAUGUAUAUUCAGGGUCAAAUCAUGUAUAUUACAAGUAUUAUCUAAAUUCUUCAAGGUAUUUUCAUGAAAUAUUGAUGUAUUUUAAUCUAUUUUAAAAUAUCUUCAAUGAGGAAAAUGUCACAGAAUAAAUUUAUA